CUCUGUUUUAUCGUCUCAUUUCAAGUCUCGCAGACGAUAUUUCUAUGGGGCUCUGAAGGAGGUCCUCUGCAGUGUACGGUGAAGGGUAAUGAAGUGUACCUGGCAGGAUUGCCAUGGGUGUUGUUGUCGGACGAUCAACUUCAAGAAGCAUCAGAAUAUCAAAAACGAUAUGAAAGAUGUGCUCAGAAGACGCCGUUCCCGCCAGCAUCCUGCACGAAGCCACCUGCUUUCUGCGCACACAACGCCACGACGCUCUAUAACUUCGCUGGUUGCGAUGUCUUGGGUGAUAAUGUGUACUGGGGUGGUCAUUUCGUUCGUCACAUGACACAUGAAGACCAACUCAAAUUGGCAAAUUUCAUCGCCGCAUGGGCUAAGUAUCAAAUUGCCGAGCAAAAAUUCCAAAUCAAACAUGCACAUGAUCCUUAUUACCUCCGCGCACUCAGUAUGGGAAUGUACUACUUCCCGGGUGCUCCAGUUCAGCCGACUACGCCGGACUUCUGUGGAACUGCAGCGACAGUAUAA